AUUGAACCCAUAACCUUGGCGUUGCUAGCGCCAUGCUCCAACCACUGACCUACAGGAAAGCUACAAGUAUAACUGUGUGCAAUGCCAAUGUUUAUUCAAAGUCACAAUAUGAGCAUGUAAAAUUAAGGUAAAAUGGCUCGCAAAUAAUCAGUUUGCAUUAUUUUUCAAUUUUUUAAAUAAUACUAAGCUCUUCAAAACUAUGGGAAUUAUAACAUUCAAAAUGAUCAAAAGUUAUAUUUAUAGCCAUCAUUUGCCUUUGAAAAGAAUUUUUCAAAAAUAUUUAAGUCAAAGUGACUUGAAUUUAGUACAGUAUUGUAUCUUUAAAUCUUUUGGAGACUUAGGUUUUAGGACUGGAUAUAGAAGGAGUCCAGGGAGUGAAUUUCAAGGGGUCAAGACGCUCCACCUCAAAAUGUAGAGGAUUUCGAUUUUUUAUCGAUGAAAUGGUGGCCAAACGCUAUUUCACAUACUGUAAAUAAAGUGGAAAAAUAACAAAAAUGUCCCCCAGUGAAUCCAUUUCUUGCACUGGUUUUACUACACUGAUCUAUUAUCAAACCUUGACUCUGGAGCAAACUCAGGUGUUACCCUUAAAGAAGACAAUACACAUUAGUACUCCAAAUCUUUAACAUCGGCAAAAUCUCUACAUUUUGCAGAAAACUGUAACUUGUGGACAACGCAGGUUUGUUGUCACAGACUUACAAUAUCAGUCAAACCACAAACCACUUCCACUCUCUUCAUGUCAACAUAUUUGGCGUAGUCCGCAUAUUUUUCAGCUGACGUUGAUUGUGUGUCUGUUUUUUGUUUUAGAUUUUUUUUCUACAGUGUCGUUCCACAGAGUGUCCCCAGCAAAAGUGAGCUAAAAAAAUGCACUACGCAUUCCUCACGGUUUGAACCGGAAGUGCUUCCAGCCCCGUCCGUGUUGUUGUCAUCAUACGGCCAAUGGCGCACAGUGCCUGGGCAUUUGUCUAAAAAAACGCUUUUUUAACACAAAUAUACUCUACUGUUGGCCGAUUAAACGACACUUUCUUAAUCGCAAGCGUAUCGUGUACUCAGCUGAUCAGACCUCCGUCGAUCGACUGUCCGAUCAGCGCGUUUAAAAUGGAUGUGAAUCUGACCAUCUCUCUGAUGCGCGGUCAGAUGGGCGCCGUCAUUGAAAAAGCGGUAAACGUGGCGGUGGAGACCGUUUUAGGAGAGAUGAUCCGGGUGGUCGGUCUCAAGUUUGAGGAGAUCAAGCGCGAGAUGACCGUCAAAGAGAAGGAGAACGAGAACAUCAGGAAGAUGUUGGAGACGUCCCGCUCUCAGAUGAAAACAAUGCGCAAGUAUAUUACGCUCCUGUCGUCAAAAGACCAGAACAGAGUGUAUCAGGGUGAUGGAGCUGUGACACCACCAGGGGUGAUGUGCAGAAAAGGACCAACGAGCACCUUGUCAGCGUGUACAAAACCCCCAAUCCCUUGCACCAGACCUAGAAUUAUUGAACCUGCCCCUGUCAGUGGACCCGCAUGGGUCAGACAGCAGACGCACAUGCCCAAAGCUCCAAAUGUUGUUCAUGAGCCAAUAAGAAGUGAGAAUUUCUAUACUGAGGAGAUCCAUGGAUCUUCAGGUCAUAAAGGUAAUUCAAGCGGACAGCUGGUGGACAGUCAAGAACUUCUAUCUGAGACCAGUGAUCCAAUAUGGGGUCCAAACCCUCUGACCUCUGCAGAGGCCGAGCACACAGACAUGGCGGACACCGGUGUCCUCUCAACACCUAUCAUGACUGAAGAACCAUCCCAAACUGCCACCUCCAUGACCUUCGGUGCACCAUCGCUUAAGAUCAAACAGGAGGAGGCUGAGGUGGAGAUUGUCUGUGUGAAGGAUGAACACUCAGAGGCAGCCAAUUUACCCAAGUUUGAAUUUUCCAACCAUGAUCUUCACCAUCAAAUGGGGGAACCUGAGCUUGGGGUCCCACUCGAUUUACCUGGAUCCUUUCAGGGUCUUCAGUGUCCAAGCACUACAGGAGAAUUUACAAUCCCAUCCUUCAUCGGUGUGGACCCAUCCACCUACACUGUAAAGGAAAAAACAACUGCUGAGAAACAUAGAGAGUACAGGGCGAGAAGGGACGCUGAUCCUGUACGCAGGGAAAAGUACCUCAGGAGUGAGCGAGAGAGAUGGAGAAGGAAUAUUGAGGCAGGGAAAAAGAAGAGAAUCAUUGACCUGUGCGAGAAGGCUCAGAGGUGGAGGCGCAAGAAGUGGAGAGAGGCAAAAGAACGUCAAAGAACAAAGAACCAUUUCGGGCCGUCCUGAAUCCGGUGUUUCUGCAGCCCUGAAGGGGAACACAGACAGACUCAUAAUUCAAGAUCAGGACAUCCCAAACUUUUGUCAACUUCUCAGGGCCCUUACAAAGAUCAACAUAAUCAUAAAAGUGAGGUGGUUGACGAAGCCCUCGAGAGGAUGCUUACCAGCGGUUUCAUCCAUAGCGAGGGUCCGCCAGGUGGCAACUUGGGGACCCAAAAAGUUACUUGGAGAAAUGUAGAUUGCACAUAACGUUUUUGUGUCAACUCAUAACGUUUCAGCCUUGUAGAAUACACUGGCACCCAUGACAGAUCUGGCUAAUCCAGUAGACCAGAACUUCUUGACUAUUCCUCAAACAUUUGUGGAUCAAAAAGAAUCUGUUUCGUCUUUCUGUUUGUAUUCUGGUUUAUGUAAAUGUUUUGCCAGUUUUAAGUCUUUCUUCCAAAGGACCAGGACCACUACACUGUAAACCCGAAUAAAUUGGGAAAACUCAAAAAAUUUGAGGUAAUCAGUUACAUCAAAUUUUUUGAGUUAUGAUGUUCCCAAUUUUAAGUAAGCAAAACUAGUCAGUUUUGAGUUUGUUGUACUGUUGUUGACUCCUUCUAAUUUUGAACAUUUAGCAAAGUAACUUUUUUUAUUUACAGCUAAAUAAAUGAAAGGUCUUAAGACAACCUAAACAGUUCAGCUGCAUCAACAAUUAACAAACAGCCUUCACAGAGAGUGAUGCAACACACACACUACUGCUAUUGCACCUCCCACAACCUAAGCAUAAGCACCACUCUUCUGAACGAUGGUAACCCCAAAAGUCAAAAACACAACAAACUCUUCUAAAUAUCCAAGAUAAUUGAACAUUCAUCAUUAACAAGGCUUUUUCCUUUCUAAAAACUCAUAAAAUAACACUUCAUUUCAAAAUUUACUUUCCUAAUGCAGUCUCACGCAAAGCAUGCUGGGAACUGAAUUUCACUCUCAACAAAUCAUCUUGAAUUAACUUGUUGAAAUUAAGUUAAACUAACUCAAAAGUAAGAAUUAGUUACAGGAACUCAAAACAUUUAAGUUAGGAAUUUUUUUAUAUAAAAUUAAGUUUACACUACUUAAACUGUUUAAUUUCUUUGAACAUUCGGGUUUACAGUGUAUUCUUCCUUAAAACACUUCAACCAGCUAAUCUUAGGAAUUGUUUGAAAAUUGCAGGCAGGCAGGCAUGUUGAGGGCUGGAUUUACACACUGUUGUCCCUUCCUUUUCCAGUAUUUUGGAGUUCAUGUAAAUGAUUUGUGAACCGUUAAAUAAAUAAAGAAUAAUGAAUAAAUAGAUAAAUAAUAAUGCAUUCAUUGAUUGUGUUGUAUAUUUCAUAAAAAUGCAGUACCUUCAACCCUGUAAAAUUACAUUCAACCCUGUUACAUUGUUUUGCAUAACUGUAUAUUCACUGUAUUUGGAGCAUCAGAAGCGGUCAGUAAAUUAUAUUAUUUUUGCCCUAUAUUACAGAAACGAUCUGGGGGUAGUAGAUUUCUAAUGUUUAGCACUAAGCUCUGCAUGAAAUUUAAAAAUGAUUUUUCUUAAAUGGGCAGGCACAAAGGGAACCCAUUCUUGGGAAUGGGCUGAAAAUACAAAAUUGUUUUAUAACCCGAAUUAGAUUUAAUUAAAAAAAAAAACUAAUUUAUUUCUACGAGGCUGAGAUUUUGUGAAGCAUUGCCUUCAUCAUUGGGAUUACAAGAGUCGUGCUUCAACACGAAAAGGUGAGUUUAGCUGCUUUACUAAAAUCCUGAAUGUCAACUGUUUGUCACAGACAUUUAAUUAGAAUAAUAUUCAUGAUUUCAAGAUUUUUCCUUUUUAACCCAUUACAGAAUUUUGAAAUCUUAGUAUUUUCCAUCAUCACAAGCUAAAUUAUGUUAACUAAGAUUUGUAAUUAGAUUAUGCUGGUAUGUGUAAAUGUAACAGGGUUGAUGUUAACAGGGUUGUUAGGGUAGUAAGAUUUGUCUUACUGACAAUUCUUCGGUUUAUGGUAUUAUUUAAGUAAGAAAUAUGGUAGCAGGGUUAACAAAUCGAAAAAAAAUCUACUGCUGCUUAAUUUCUGUGUUUUGUUUUAGAUUUUUUUUAUCAAAAAUGUAUCUUUGCCAACAAGGAGAAAUGGAAAACACAUUAGAAACAAUGUAAAAAGGGUUUAAAAUUUGAGUACAAGUCUUUAAGAAACAUACUUAAGAUAUUUUGGGCACAUUUAUCGUUUCUUUAAAUUAUAGUUUAUUUGAAGUUUUUAAAAGUCGCCGUCAACUGCCAAUAUUUGUUAUACUUUUCUAUUUUAUGCUUUCCUAAAAUGUGUCUAUUUGAUCUCACUUCAAGCAUUAUAACAUGUGCACA